UUAUAUUCUUCUGUGCAUGCAAAAGCAUCAGAGAGAGAGAGAGAGAGAGAGAUUGCAUGAAUUUAAUAAGAGCCGUCCACCGCCACUUUAAUGUAAUGCUUCAUCAGCAGAUUCUCUCUCUCUCUCCGCGUUUCUUCUUCUUUCUCAUCUUUUGGCAAUGUCGUCUCGACUUUCUCUUCAUUUGCUUUCCCAAGCCAAGAAUCUCUUCUCUCUCUCUCUCUCUCUCUCUCUCUAAACUCUUCCUUUCGCUCUCAGAUAUUCCUCGUGACUCUCUUUCAGCCUUCGCUUUUUGUGAUGCCUUGUUCUUCAAUUCCCUGUCCUCCUCCUCCUCCUCCUCCUCCCCCCUCUCUUCCUCUGUUCUUCCUUUAUUUUCCCAUUUUCCCCCUUUCCCCUCUUCUUUCUUUCUUUCUUCCUCCAUCGUCGUUUUCAAUAAUAUUUCCCAUUUCAAUUCCGGCAAUAUCUCUCGUCCUCCGCAGAGAUAUCGACGAUUCCUGACAUGACCUCUACCGGCGUUAAACAUUACUCUCAACCUUGUAUCUACGAUUUAAUUAUGUGUGUGUGUGUGCGCGCGUGUGUGAGGUGAUGGACUCAAUGGGGCCUUGAGGGGGUGGGUAUUGAAAUUGAUGAUGAGGUGGUUAUUUUUGGUGGUGGUAUGGAUUGGGUAAGCAGGGCUUUCUUCGUACGCAGAGAGGAAAUCUCGAUUCUUGAGAUGGCUGAGUAAGCUUUUCAAGAGUGGGUCCAGUCCUCGUGGGGCAAUUGGACCAGGCCGCCACCCUCAACUCCUUGGAGACGAAAACAUGGUUUGGCGGGCCCCUGCUAGGUCCUUGGAUGAUCGUGCCGGACCAAAGAAAGAGAAGGAAGAAUUAGACCAUGCAAUUGCACUUUCUUUGUCUGAGGAUUUGAAAAGGCGGCCAAAUGGGCAUAGAUGGCGAACAAACAAUGAUGAGGAUCUUGCAGGGGCACUUCAAGAUAACCUAAAUACAUCCUCAUAUCCUCCUUAUGCCCCUACACAAUAUUAUCCCACAGGAUACAGAUUUUGUGCUGGCUGCAACCACGAAUUAGGCAAUGGCAAUUAUUUGGCAUGCAUGGGAACUUUUUUUCAUCCAGAGUGCUUUUGUUGUCGUUCUUGUGGUUGCCAAAUCACAGAGCAUGAGUUUUCUUUAUCAGGGAAAAAUGCAUACCAUAAGUCUUGUUUCAAGGAGAUGACGCAUCCAAAAUGUGAAGUUUGCCACCAAUUUAUCCCAACAAAUGAAGCUGGUUUGAUUGAGUACAGAUGCCAUCCAUUUUGGUCCCAAAAAUAUUGUCCUGCGCAUGAGCAUGAUAACACAGCUCGUUGUUGUAGCUGUGAACGUUUGGAGCCUCGGAACGAAAUAUAUAUUUCAUUGGGAGAUGGACGGAGCUUAUGUUUUGAGUGCAUGGAAUCUGCUAUUAUGGAUACAGGCGACUGCCAGCCCCUUUACCAUGCCAUCAGAGACUACUAUGAAGGCUUGAACAUGAAACUUGAUCAGCAAAUUCCCAUGCUUCUGGUUGAAAGACAAGCCCUCAAUGAAGCUAUUGUGGGGGAGAAGAAUGGUCACCAUCACUUGCCUGAGACAAGGGGUUUGUGUCUUUCUGAAGAGCAGACUGUCACCAGUAUACAUAAAAGGCCAAGAAUUGGGGGCAGCCGACUCAUAGGAAUGAGAACACAUCCUCAGAAGCUGACCCGAAGAUGUGAAGUUACAGCUAUUCUUGUGUUAUAUGGCCUCCCAAGAUUAUUAACCGGCGCUAUUCUCGCCCAUGAGUUGAUGCAUGGCUGGUUACGACUAAAGGGGUACCGUAAUCUGAAUCCGGAGGUAGAGGAAGGUAUAUGUCAGGUGCUUUCACACUUGUGGCUUGAAUCAGAAGUAAUGCCAAGGUGUAAAAAUAUGGCAUCCACAUCCACAUCCACAUCGUCUGCUCCAUCUUCAUCUUCCUCAUCCUCAAAGAAAGGUGCGAAAUCGGAUGUGGAGAAUAGGCUGGGUGAGUUCUUCCUGCAUCAGAUAGCCAACGACGUAUCGGCGGCUUAUGGGGGAGGAUUUAGGGCUGCAAAUGCCGCCGUUACCAAGUAUGGAUUGCGCACCACAUUGGACCAUAUUCGCCUCACUGGAAACUUUCCUCUAUAGUAAAGAACUAAUCAGCUUUGUGGUUUCUGUUGCGUUAUGGUGGCUGGAGAUGAGAUGGUGGUAUUGAUAUUGGUGUUCCAGGAUUGAGCCAAAAUUGUGGAAGCUUGGAUCCGCUCCCCUUGAUUUUUGUGGGGAGUCCUUCGGGCACAAGGAUGCUUUAAAUGUAUUAUUAUUAUUAUUAUUAUAAUAUUAUGCAAUGUAAUCUGUCUAACAGGAAUGUCAAAGUUCACUUCUGUACUUCGAUUCUUCUGGGUGUGUAGCUUGUAAAAAAAUUUUCAUAAAUAUACUGCAGCCAAAAGAUUUUCAAUUA